AUGUCUACGGACCCGUCUCUCUCGCGUCGCUCCUCUCUCGCAGACUAUAUUUCGCAGAUUCCGCGUCCGCGCCUCGGCAGCCUCCGCUCUCGCAAGUCCACGGUCUCACUGAAGUCCACCGCCUCCAUCAAGGUCGACAACUACACCCCGUACGCCGUCCACCAGCAGAAGAUGAAGCCCAUCAUUCUCCGUGACGCCGACGCUACACAGAAGCUCCUUGAGGCCAUCCUGGAGACCCCUCAGGGGCGCCGUUCGGUCUCGCGCCUCGCGCGCACCUGCAAGGCCUUCAAGGAGCCGGCUCUGAACGUUCUCUGGCGUGACCUCGACAGCCUCACCCCGCUCCUCGGCCUGUUCCCGAGCACCAUACUGAAACGUGCCCGCAGACCGGGCAUGGGCCUGACGAAGGCCCCCGAGGGCGACGACUGGGCCCGCGUGCUCGCCUACGGCCAGCGCGUGAAGAGCAUCGCGUACGUCGAGAUGUCGGGGAACAUCGCCCCGUCGAUCCUCCCCCUCCUCGAGGAGCACCGCCCGGCGACGUAUCUGCUGCCCAACCUCGCGUCGCUCACGUGGAAGGUCGAGACUGCGGCGAACCUCGAGCGGUGCCGCAUGUUCCUCGGGCCGUUCGUCGAGUCCGUCCAGCUCGAGGUGGGCUCGAAGAGCCCGCGCAUCAACGACAUCCUGGAGGAGAUCGCGGGCCACAAGGGCCUCAAGUCCUUCUCGUUCACGCUCCACACGAACCUCCCCGACAAGUUCGUGGAGACGUUCCAGGACAACGCGAAGCUCGAGAAGCUCGCGCUCACCGCCCCCGGUGCGCUCGCGUCGAAGGUCGGCAAGUGGGCUGCAGGCCUCCCCCUGCUGAAGACGCUGGGGGUCGACCUCUCCGCCCGCUCGACCACUGCGGUCGAGGGCUUCUUCGACGACAUCAGCCCCGGCUCUGGCUACUCGACGCCGAGCUCCGUGGGGGGCACCGACAGCGGCGUCUUCUCAGCAGACGAAGCGGACUUCUCCGAGGCACGCAAGGCAGCGGUGCGCCUCACGCGCGACGGGCCUCGCCGCGGCGCCUUCGCGAAAUUGAGCAACCUCACGCUGACGGGCGAGGCCGCGAACCUGGCCAUGUUCCUCAAGCACCUCACGAGCCCCCUGGCGCAGCUCGAUUUGGUGAUGGAGGACCCGCCCCAGCCCAUCGACUGGCACGACCUGUGCGCGGCCGUGUGCGACCAGUUCGCGGACACGCUGCAGUCCCUGCGCGUCUCCGCGACGAGUGCGUCGCGGUUCGGGGAGCUCGUCCGCGCGACGUCGCGGGGCGGGGACGCGCCGAUGCACCGCCUCCCGCUGACGUACUUCUCGAUGCUGCCGCGUCUGUGGCGGUUCGAGGUCGACCUGCCCGAGUCGGUGAUCUUCGAGGAGCGGGACGUGGCCCACAUUGCGCGCGUCUGCCCCAACAUCGAGAUCCUCCGUCUGUCGCCCAACGCGCGGUUCCCGCCCACCGGCCCAGCCCCGUCUAUCACCCUCGAGAGCAUCGUGCCCCUCACGCGCGAAUGCCGUCGUCUGCACACGCUCGCGCUCGUCGUGAACGCGGCAGAGCUGUCGAGCGACGAGGUGUACUCGACGCGCACCGUGUGCUCUCGUGCGCUGCUCCGUCUGCACGUCGGGCACUCGUGGAUCAAGAACCCCCUGCAGACCGCGGUGCUGCUCAGCCACCUCACGCCCUACCUCGAGACGCUGAAGUACUUCGAGCCCAAGAGCCGUGCGGGCGCCGUCGAAGCGAACGCGAACGCGUGGCAGAGGGUCGCCGAGAUCCUUCCGCACGUCCAGCACAUCCGGCUGUCCGAGAGGAAGCUCCAGCCUCCCCCCGCGCCCUACGUCCCUCCGCCCAAGUCGGACAAGGCCGUCGAUGCGACGCCGAUCAUGUUCGACGCGGGCGUGUCCGCCCGUCCCCAGGUCCAGGAGAUGUCUAUCCAGGCAGUCCCCCUGCUCGUUGACGCUGACGUCCAGGUCAUGCCGGAGACGACUGAAGCCUCGAUCGACGCCACGCCCGUCUACGUCGAGGCUGAGGUGAUGGUCGUCCCCGAGUACAGUGAGGUCAGCAUCGAUGCUGUCCCGCCGACCGAAGAGAAGGGAACAGAGCCGUUCGAACCCGACACCGAGUCUGAAGCCUCGGACGACAGCACGCUGGAGAACAACGUCCCCCCGAUCUCCAUGUUCAUGCCCAGCGCGGUCGUCCACGGUGCCGUCAACCUGACGUACAACGUCGUCCGCUUCUACACCGCACCCAUCCGAUUUAUGUUCUCAUUUAUGCCCACCUCUAUGUCCCACAUGCCCAUCCUCUCAAAAUUCGCCCAGCAGUCGCACGCGGCCUCCUCCGAGCACGCGCUCGACGAGAAGCAGGCCCUCGCCAAGGCGGAGCCCCAGGCGUCGACGUACACGAACGGCAAUGCGGUUCUGGCGGAGAUCACCCCUGUUUGUCAAUAA